GGAGCUCGAUCUUAUAGUGGUCGAGAAGAUGGAGGUAGUGGACGACAAUGGAUCAAUCCUGAUGCCCCUGAAGCUAGACUAAAGGCAAUGGAUCCUAUUUUAGAAAGAAGCAAGAGUGUGAAACAACCAAAACUCAACACAAAGUUACUGAAAGGUUUAAGAAGUAAAUUAGGAAAAGCGGUUGGAAAAUUCCUAAUUUAUAAUCGGAUUCCAGCGAAUGUAGCUGACUCUCCAUUUAUGCAGCCUAUGCUUGAUAUUGCUGCAGAGGUUGGAAAGGGGGUGAAGGGUCCAUCACCCUAUGAGAUAUCUGAAAUUUAUUUGGAGCAAGAGUAUCAAGAAAUGAAAAAUUAUAUAGCUUCUUUUGCUGGAAUUUGGAAGGAAAGAGGUGUAACACUUAUGUGUGAUGGUUGGUCAAGACCAACUAGAAAACACAUUAUAAACUUUUUAGUUUAUUGCGAUAGAGGCACCGUGUUUCAUAAAUCAGUUGAUGCCUCUGAUGUGCCAAGCAGAACAGCUGAAUAUUAUUUCAGGUAAUUUUCUAAUUUUAAUUGUAUAUGCAAAUAGUAUUAUGGACUUGCAUGUUUUUAAUUAAAUAGUAGUAAUUAUUGAAUAUAUAAUUUCAUUUCAGAUUAAUGGAUGAGGUGGUUGAAGAAAUUGGAGAGGAGAAUGUUGUCCAAGUAGUGACUGAUAAUGACGCUGCAAUGAAGGCAGGAGGAAAAUUAUUAAUGCAGAAGAGGCCCAAUCUCUAUUGGACAGCAUGUGCAGCUCAUUGCAUAGACCUUAUUCUUGAAGAUAUUGGUAAGAAAAGUAACGUGAAGAAGGUCUUAGAAGAUGCAAGAACAAUAACCUCAUUUAUUUACAACCACACAUGGACAGUGAAUUUUAUGAAGAAAUUCACAAAUAAUAGAGAGUUACUUCGCCCUGCCAUCACUCGAUUUGCCACAAAUUUCAUUGCUUUGGAGACUAUUGUCAGGCAUAAACAAGCACUAAGGGAAAUGUUUACAUCUGAUGCUUGGAAAAACUCAAGGUUUGGAAUGGCAAAAUCCGGCCCAGCAUAUGAUUCAAAGAAAAUUAUCUUAGGCAAAGAGUUUUGGCAAAAGGCCUCUGAUAUAAUUAAAGUGCAAGAACCCUUGGUGAAAGUUCUUAAAUUGGUUGAUGGUGAUUAAAAACCAACCAUGGGCUUCAUAUACGAGGCAAUUGAUAGGGCGAAGUUGACCAUUCAAAAAGAUUGCCGGUUUUACAAAGACUAUUGGAAAAUUAUUGACAACCGGUGGAGUUUUCAGUUGCACCAAGAUUUGCACGCUGCUGGUAAGUGUAAAUCAAAUACAAUUUCUUAUUAUUUUAACUUUUAAAUUAUGCAUAGUUGCAUUAGAAAACUAUUGAUUAAUAUGUUUCUAAAUUUAAUUGUAGGGUAUUUUUUGAACCCACAAUUUCUUUAUGGUGCCCCACCCUCUCCUGAAGUUGCUAGAGAAGUCAUGGAUGGAGUUAAAAAAGUGAUAACCAAGUUGGUACCCGAUAUAGAUACUCAAAUUCGGGCUAUUAAUCAAGUAAGUAUUGGUUCCAUUAAAUUGAAUAAUGAAUUGUUUUAGUAUUCUGUAAUACUUUCAAGAAUAAUUAUUAAUACAUCUAAUUAAUUAAUUAUAUUUCACAAUCAUCAUUUUUUAGUUGUUGCUAUAUCGAGAUAGGCAGGAGACUUUUGGAACCCCGUUGGCUCAAAGGGCAGUGAAACAAACAAAUCCUGCUGAAUGGUGGAUUCAUUAUGGCUUGUGUGCUCCUGAGCUCCAAAGAAUAGCAAUUAGAGUUCUUAGCCAGACCACAUCAGCUUCGAACUGUGAGCGUAAUUGGAGCACCUUUAGCCUCAUCCAUACGAAAACAAGAAAUAGAUUAAAGUACAUGAGACUACAAAAACUUGUUUUCGUACAUUACAACAUGAGGUUAAAGUUAGACGUACAAUGAGAAGAAGCCAACGAGAAAUUGAAGAGAGUUUCAAUCCUAUCAAUUUGGACUACAUUUUCGAAGAAGAUGAUCCUUUAAGUCAAUGGUUAGAGGAGAGAGAGACACCACUACUCGACGGUCAGGACAAUUCAAAUUGGUUAAAUGAAGAGGUUGGUGGUACUACAGAAGGAGGUGAUCAACCACCAAUAAACGCGCAUGAUGAUUCAGGUUCAAGCCCUGAACGUACACAAAGUGAUGACAAUCUUGGUUUGAGCCCACCAAGUGAUGAUGAUGGUAAUAGUGGUGCUGGAGCUGGGGUUGGGGGGGGUGGCAGUGGUGGUGGUGGAGGCGGCGGUGUAGAAUAUAAUUAUGGAUAUGAUACAGGGACAUCAUUUGGAAGGGAUAUAUAUCCUUCUGAUCCUUAUGGACUACAUGACAUACCUGAAAAUUAUGACUUGGGUAUUCCUCCAGGGAACCAAUCUUCACAACCCAGGAGAAGGAGGAGUGCUCGUGGUGACCCUAGCGAUUCUACUGAAGAUUCAUAUGGUGUGGUUCGUAGUUUUGGCGACUUUGGUUUAGAUGGUUCAUCAUCACAAUCAUUUGGAUCUCAUCCAGCAUAUCCACAUUAUGCAUCUCGUGACUCACAUUUUUAUCCCAGUGGAUUAGGAAUCUCAGGAUCUAGUGAGUCUUCUUCUACACACUACCCAGAGCCAGCCCCUGCCCCAACUUAUAGACAUUAUUCAGGAGAAUUUUCAUCACCAGUAUAUUUUCAAGAGCAACAACAAAAUGAUGCAAACUUGGGUUCAUUCAACUAUGUAUUUCCACAAGGAUGGGGAGAUAAUUUCCCAUCCCAAUCUCAAGAUACAGAUGCAAAUUAUGAAGACCCUCCACGUCAUUCUUUUUGGUGGUGACAUGUGUUAUAUUAUAAAUUUGUAAUAUUGUAUUCAUGUAUUUUCAAUUAUUUAUUGAUAUUUGAUAUUAAUCACUUUUUAAAUUCAUGUAUGUGUAAUGUGUAUAUUGAGUAUUAAGUCUAUUGAGUAUUGAUUCAUUUU